UACUGUAACUCAAGUUAGCUGAAUGUUAACUUUGGAUGGUUGCGGUUGGCCUUAUUUAGUCACAUGGCCUUCAGCGCUUCAGUCCGCACACUUCGUGGUGCUUUAGUUUCCGGAGGCUUCAGUUGCCUGCAGACCCGUGAGUACUUAAAGAGAGUGGAGGUCAUAGGUCCAUCUGCAAAAAUGGAAGCUAAAUACAUAUUGCCAAAAAUUACAGUACAACCAACAAGAGGACUUGUCGAUGAAAUGUUCUACAUAGCUGUUUCAAACAUAUCUCCUCAUCAAGAAGUCACCAUACGCUCUUUCCUUCAGUCUGAUGAUAAAGACUUCUGGCAUGCCUAUGCAUAUUAUGUCAGUGAUAAUAGUGGAGUAGUAAAUGUUGCUGAAGAUAAUAGCUUGGGAGGCUCAUAUACUGGCAGAGAACCAACCGGACUCAUUUGGAGUUUAAAACCAGUACCUGGUGGAAGAACUGCCCUGAGGUUAAGAAAAACCGAAAUAUUUACACCGUUUGUCAUAAAUAUAUCUGUAUACAAAGGGCAUAUCAAAGGUGAUUUUAAAGAAGAGACUGCAUUAGCAUGUGCUGUAAUGGAGCGUUGGUAUGUUACACCCGGAGUUUCAAGGAUAGAAGUUAAAGAGAAUGGAAUUUAUGGAGCACUUUUCCUUCCACCAGGUCCUGGGCCAUUUCCUGGACUUUUAGACUUGUGGGGCGGAGGAGGAGGGCUAGUAGAAUAUCGCUCUGCUCUCCUAGCUUCUCAUGGCUAUGCUACUCUUGCACUGGAGUACCUGUCCAGCAAGACAGAGUUUUCAAAAAUUGGAGAAAAAUAUUUUGAGGCAGCUUUUGGCUACCUUGAAAGUCAUCCUCAGGUAACAAGAGAACAUGUAGGUAUUUUUGGCCUCUGCUUUGGAGCUUCUGUGACUCUUUCUGUUGCAGCAAAUGAAAACAAGAUCAAUCCUAAAUGUUUGGUUUGUGUCAGUGGAACCCAUGUUAUAAGAAUUGGGGAAUCCAUCGAUAAAGCCUUUGCAGAUCUGAAACUAAAUGAGGAAAAAACAAGGUUUGAUGAAAAUAAUCAUAUAAUAUGGCGAGAACUUGCCCUUCCAAUACCAACAGAUCCAAAUAAGAAAGUUAAUGUUGGAAAUUUAAAGUGUCCUCUUUUGCUGAUUGCUGGCAGUGAUGACCAGAAUUGGCCGACUCCUGAAUCAGCUGAAGAUAUUGAAAAAAUGAUGAAGGAAGCAGGAAAUGGACAUCUUUUGACAAAAAUUAUCUAUCCUAAGACUGGACAUCUUAUAGAGCCGCCUUAUAGCCCCCACAUUCGAUUCAGCAAUUUUGUUGAUUUACAUACUCGUAAAAAAGGUAAGGCAAAAUGGUACUCUAUUAAUAUAAAUAUCUAGUAGGUAAACAUACCA